AGAGAGGAUAAGAGCAAAUGGGCAGAGAGCGAGACACACUGAGAUAGAGGCGCUCUGUGAAAGAGGCAACAGCUACAGCAACAGAGCCAACCCGCUCCCUCUCUCUCUCUCUCUCUCUCUCUCUCACACACACACACACACACACAUACACAUAGACCCACUGGAAAGCGCUGUGUCUGGGGAGGAGAUCUCACAGACUCCUUUUCCAUUUGGGUCUCUGGGGCUCGUUUUUGGAUACCAAGGUGUUGAGAAAAGGGUGUUUGCGAAACCAAGAGAAACCGUGAAGACAGACGGACGCUGGGAGGUAUGUUUGGCUGCUGCUGAUCCCAGGGGCUGACAACAAAACAGGCGGAGAGGAGGAGGAGGCAUCUGAAGACCUGAGGAUUGGAGGAGAGGAAGACUGGCACAUGUAGAGCUGAUCAAACUUAUGGACAGAGAGGAGAAAAGCCGAGAGGAGAGUGGGACAGUGGCGGGGCAGGACACACGCACAUAAACACAAACACACACCGAUGAGGAGAGGGCAGGAACCACGCUUCAGUUCUGGGUGUGUGGAGCACUGACUCUGCCUGUGAUAGGCUAGGAGUCAGACCAUGACCACCAGGGCCAUGAUUGGCUCCCCGGGUAGAUGGUCCCUGUCCUCGAGUCGUUUGGUGAGUCUCUGGGGGCCGGGCCUGCUGCUGGUUGCCAUUACAACCCUGCUACCAGAUGGUUGUCAGGCAUGCCCACCGCGAUGCGAGUGCUCGGCCCAAAUCCGGUCCGUCUCUUGCCAGCGGCGACGCCUCACCGGCAUUCCAGAGGGCAUCCCCACAGAAACACGUCUUCUGGACCUCAGUCGGAACCGGCUACGCUGGGUUGAGUCGGGCGACCUGGCGCCUUAUCCACACCUUGAAGAAGUUGACCUGAGUGAGAACCUCAUUGCCACACUAGAGCCCAAUGCUUUUGCCAACCUGCAAAAUCUCCGGGUGUUGAGGCUCAGGGCGAACCAGCUUAAACUGGUUCCCAUGGGGGCUUUCGCCAAACUGAGCAAUCUUACCAUGCUGGACCUGAGUGAGAACAAGAUGGUGAUUCUGUUGGACUACACCUUCCAAGACCUGAGGAGUCUGAGACACCUAGAGGUGGGAGACAACGAUUUGGUUUACAUCUCUCAUAAGGCCUUCUCUGGUCUGAUUGGGCUGGAGGACCUCACCAUUGAGCGCUGCAACCUGACAUCUAUCUCUGGCCAGACUCUAUCCUACUUACGUAGUCUGGUAACUUUACGACUACGCCACCUCAGCAUCGCCGCCCUGGAGGACCAGAACUUUCGCAAGCUGACCAACCUGCGGGGCCUGGAGAUUGACAACUGGCCCUAUCUAGAUUACAUCUCCCCUCUAAGCUUCCAGGGCUUGGACCUCACCUGGUUGUCCAUCACUAACAGCAACAUCACCUCUGUUCCCUCGUCCUCUUUCAGGAACCUGAUCCACCUCACCCACCUCAACCUGUCCUACAACCCCAUCACCACCCUGGAGCCCUGGGCCUUCAGAGACCUGCUGAGGCUCAAGGAGCUGGUCAUGGUAAACACAGGCCUGGCUACAGUGGAACCUCACUCUCUUGGAGGCCUCAGACAGAUCCGGGUCCUCAACUUCUCCUCCAACGAACUCCAGACCUUGGAGGAGGGAUCGUUCCACUCCGUCAACAGCUUGGAGACGCUGCGGGUGGACGGGAACCCGCUUCUGUGUGACUGCCGUCUGUUGUGGAUCCUGCAGAGACGCAAGACCCUCAAUUUUGACGGCAGAGUGCCUGUCUGCGCUGGGCCAGUGGAGGUGCAGGGGUACAGCCUCAGCACCUUCACCGACUCAGCGCUCUUUGAUCACUUCACCUGCCAGAAGCCCAAGAUACGCAACCGCAAGCUUCAGCAGGUGACCGCUCAUGAAGGCCAGCCGGUGAGUUUCCUCUGCAGUGCAGUAGGAGAGCCGGCCCCGAACAUCAUGUGGAUCUCCCCUCAGCGCCGACUAAUCACAGCCAAGAGCAACGGUCGUAUCACCGUGCUGCCGGGAGGGACGCUGGAGAUCCGCUACGCCCAGGUCACCGACAGCGGCACCUACAUGUGCAUCGCCAGCAACGCCGGCGGCAACGAUACCUACUUCGCCAUGCUCACAGUGCGGGGUAUGCCGCUGGAUGCCGCGUCGGCCUUCCUGGCCAACCGCUCACUGUAUGGCAGUGAGUUCUUCAACGACACAAACCUGAACAACACGCGCGUCUUCCUCAAGUUCACUCUGGACCUGACCACCAUCCUGGUCUCCACGGCGAUGGGCUGCAUCACUUUCUUGGGUGUGGUGCUCUUCUGCUUCCUGCUGUUGUUUGCAUGGAGCAGGGGGCGGGGCCAACGCAAAAACAACUUCACCGUGGAGACCCCUUUCCGGAAGGCAGAGGGGCCAGCGACCGCAGGGGGGGCCGGAGGGGCCCGGAAAUUCAACAUGAAGAUGAUAUGAAAAAACGCAGCCAGGGGUCACUCGGGGGAGGCAUAAACACGUCCCGGAAACGUGUUUGACAAAACACACACAGCGCUGACUCGCAAAAAGAAAAAAGUAAUGAAAUAAAAUGCAUAUAUAAUUCACACAUGGCACGUUAUGAUGACCAGAUUCGGUUUGGGUUGAUGGUGAAAAAAAACAUGAUGCCCUUGAUCUCACUGCCUCUUACUGAUUUUAUUCAGCUUGUGGUGCAAAUGUGUAUUUAAGAUUAACUUUACAGAAUAUCUUUUAAAAUAAGUACAACCUUUUAAUUCAACUUGAUAACCUCAAGUAUUUUUGAAAAUAAGCUACAUUGCCAUUUAGCUUGAUAAGAAUUAUAGAAGCUAAGAACUUAUUGUGAUCUUUAACUGGGUAAUUACUUUGCUGUGUAAAGUUUUUAGUUAUGUCUCUCUCACAGGAAGUGACAGCCCAGAUAGUGAAAAGGAUUUGUUAAGCUAUGUAUUUGUUAAGGUCAUUGCCAUAGAGAAGGUAAGACAUGUCUAGUGGCUAAAUGGCCAUUUUAGUAUGGACAUCGCUGUUGAAGACCUCCACUAUUUUAAUAAAGUUUACUUGGUCAGACUUUGAACCUCUAACCUUGUCAAUGGCCACCCAGGGCAUGGAGAGGCAUGGCUAUCAAAUGAUCACAACAAUUGUAGUCUUGCAUUCUUAAAUUCUGCCUUUCUGAGAAAUAUUGCAAUAGCAUGUAAAUAUUGCAAUUCAGAGUAAGCUGUAUAGUAGUACGAGUAUAGUAUUGAAUAAAAACAAGCCAUUUUUGUAAGAGAUUUGGAAUAUUAUUUAUAUUGUCACAAAAGACACCAUAAAGACCACAGCUGACGAAGGUUGUGCUGAGACAAGGACUCUACGUAGAGACUGAAUCCAAGUGGAAUUAAUGCAUGAAACCUAUUCUAAUAAUUUGACCCAUUCCAAUUCAUAUAAAAAAGUGGCUUGCCUAUUUGAGCUUUUGAGUACCACUCGUUGAAAUUCUAAAUUGGGGGCCACUUCACUGUCAGACAAGACCGUUUGCGACAAGGUUAGCUGUGUGAGUUGGAAUAAAGCGCACUGGCCGACAGUUUCCAUGACGGCCCGUCGCCCCAAGGGCUUGGUUGGGAAACCAAGCCCAGCGGGCGUGGGUCACACGGUAUCCAUGACAACUAACACAGCCCAGGGCAGGAGGGAGUCGUGGCAUUGGUAAGAUCGUUCUAACCUUCCGCUAACACCACUGCCAGUAGCAACGGAUGUGAGGGGGAGAGGGAGGUGGAGGGGUGAGUGUUAAUGCCUCCCACUGACGGUGCUGCCUGCCCUGGGCUGUGGUGGGGAAGAACCAGCCUCCACAGGGCUGUCAGGGGGAGCUGCCUGGAGGUCAGGAAAUGCUCAGAGUCCGACCCUGGACAGGACACAUUCACACGUCAACAGCACCAUCACACGCACCUCUCUUACUCACAUAUUGAACGUUACUUUUUCUCAGGACAAACACACCCAGAUGAGCGUGCACACAUGCACAAACACACAUGCGCGCAGAUUCCAGAUGACAUUCUACCAAUACUGCUUGUAGAAACAAAAAUCCAUGCAUUUAGUAAGCGACCGCUGUAUAGUUUUCAUUAUAAGCCGUAGCAUGAGUUUGGAUUAGAUUAAUCCUGUUAGUUUUCCUUUCAUAUUCAGCAGCAGCUGCAUGGUCCACACACUGCUAGAAUAAUAAUUGUUAUUACCACCUUGUGAGCCACCAUAACGAUCCUAAGACCAUCUGCUGUACUUUAACAGGCAGAGUGGCCCAGUCAGUCAUAUAGACAGUCAGACACCACCCUGCCAUCACUCACAACAUUAUAGAACUGUAGUAUCCAGAACAGCACACCACCCUGUGAUCACUUACAACAUUAUAGAACUACAGAAGCCAGAAUGGCACACCACCCUGUUAUUGCUCACAACACUAUAGAACUGUAAUAUCCAGAAUGGCACACCGACAUAUUAUUACUCACAACACUAUAGAACUGGAAUAUCCAGAAUGGAAUGUCAAGCUAUUAUGAGUCACAAAAGAACUGUGUUGACAACUAAACUCUUUCAUUCUCUGAGACGGCCAGUGCGCAAAUGUUUGUGCCCCCCUAGCCCAGUGCAUCCCCCCUCAAUCCCGCACACCGCGCCCCCCACUGGGUCCACCAAUGGGAGGGGUCCCUGGCUGGAGACCGAUAACAAGAAAAUGUAUGUGUAGUAAUGUGAACCCUGCCCACACCACCUGCAUUGUAAAGUGGAGAGUACUGUGGUAUUAAUUAUGACCUGUUCUGUUCUCAUUCAUUUAGUUCCCUCUUUUAUGUUUUACCUCAGUUGACCUCCCUAAACAUUUACUUGUUAACUGUUAACCGUUUAACUUUGGCAUCUGUCAGAGAGAUUACUGCUGUGCUCAACAUGAGCUUCCGUUUAUAGAAGGUUUGUGUUAUGUGCCUGCGUGUGUGGAGAGUUCACUAUUUUCCAUGAUGCAGAUAAAAGUUUUGGGGUAAAAAAAGGUUUGGAAGCUUUGUCUAGGACAAGUCUUCUAGUCAGAUUAAUUCGGAAAGCUUUAGAAUUAUCCUCUAGUACAUCUGUAGAACAUGACGACCAAAUGGCCUGUGUGAUGAUAAAUAGUUCUGUAUUUAUUAAAGUUUAAUGAGGCUGAAUGGAAAUAGAUUAGGAAAUUGGCCUUGUUUUCUAUCUGCCAGAAACGAAUACAUCUUGGCUCCCAUCACGCCAGUCUUGAGAACAAAGUAAGUUACUCACUGGAUGUUUCUCAUUCCAGUCUUGAGGUUUUCCUGUUUGUGGCAAUGACUGUUGUGAUUGUUGAUGAUAUAAUGGUGUAAAUGUCAGUCACAGAAGUAGGGAUUAGAUGAAGGUAUUUAGUUAGGCUAUCUUUCUCUCCUUCUCUUCUUCAUCAGUUCAUUCCCAGACAUCAUUGUUGUCCCCAUUCACAGUAACUAGGCUGGAGUAUGGUUGUGUGGUAGUUGUUCUAUGUGGUCAGUGAUUUGAUGUUGUUUUGAGUCAUUGCUCUAAGUAAUGUUAUCAAUCAUUGAUCAGGGACUUAAUAAAUUAUUAUAAAGGAUGACCCAGGUUCCCUAAAACGUUAUUUCCCCUUUUAGAAGAACCCUACUCUAGGCCCUCCUUUUAGAACGUUCUAUUCCAACCUUUCACUGCAUUCUGGGAUAUCUUUUGAGUACAAAAACUUAUCAGGACUGUAUGUACAAUAUGUAAUCUCUGCCAAUAUUUUGUCUGAGCCACUAACCCACUGGUCUAAACCAUAAAAGCACACCUCUUUCCCAUUUCUUCAUUAUUGUCAUGAGGGGAAUCUUUAUUUUUCUCUUCCUUGUAGGUAUUGCUACGCUGUCCAGGUUUGGAGAUAAGCAUUUGCAUACAUAUGAAAUCCAUUCGACAUUCAGAGAUCCUUGAUUGUAAGAGGAAGAGUUACAGUAUAAUGCACUUGAAAUAGAGGGCCCUUUGAACUUCACUCAACCUGUUCUAUAUCCCACUGUCUCUUGCCAGGACCAGAGUGCUCGUUUCCCAGGUUACCUAGCUAUUCAUUUAACCCUUUGCAGAGCAUGCAGCACACUUAAAUUAAUUCUAAUGGAGGACAUUCAAUGGACGGACUGCUAAUUCAUUUCUCUAUUCAACUGUGCCACUGCUGAAUAGAACACUGAGAAUGCAGUGUACCAGAUGAGCUGUAGCCUCUCAAGUUUCUACGGAAACACUGGAAUGGGAGACAUCACAGUGACAGAGGGAGUGUCUUGUCUCAUCAGAAGAGUUUUGAGAAACUAGGCUGAGCGCUCCCCUGCUUCCUUCUCCACUUUGUCCUUGACUGCACUGUUUGCGUGUGUGUGUGUGUGUGUGUGUGCAUGUGUUCAUGUGCAUGUGUUCAUUUUUUAGCUUCCCCUGUGGUAGAGUACAUCCGUGAUGGUAGACCCCUCUAAGCAUGGCCCAGAGAGUAUGCGGAUGAAAAGAAGACCAACGUUAAAAGGGACAUCAUUAGCCCCUACAGGGGGCUAAACCAUUGGUUUUUACAUAUGUCUAUUUUCAGCAGGGUUAAGGGUGGCACCUGGGUACCGGUCAUUUCCCCCGGUCCAUUAUUGAAAACAUCAGAGGAAUUCGAUUUCUGGGGCGACUUAAAAGUAGGAUAUGAUGGUGUUUUAACCAUUUACCUCACACGCUUGUACUGUCCAAUUGCCCCUAACUUCAAUAGUCCCCUCAGUGUUCAAAAGGAAUGAGGUCCGGUGUCAAACCCUUGUCUUUCCAUAUAUAUUGACCUAAUUGGGCUGAGAGAAUAAGAAACAUGAAGAUGAAAUGGACCCCUGAAGGCAGAAUCUUGUUUUGUGGAGGUUUCGGUCUUUCCGUGUCAUUGUAGAGUAGAGCCAUGUUCUUCAGAGAGUCUGACCCUUGUCAUGGUAGUUUUCUCGGUAGGUCAACUGACCAUGACGCUGGGAUCGGGACAGCUGAGAAGACACCUGAUAAGUAUAAGUGUUACAUUAUCAGCUGUAGUUCCUUCAGGCCCUGAAGCACUGUAUGCGUUACAAGCUGGCUAUUCUUUUGGCUUCUAGGAUUUGUCUGUUAUUUUUGGGUCCUUGAAUAAAAACUUUAAUAUGCGACAUCAGAGCUGCAAAAGCCCACACUAAUCACCACAUUGACACGAGUGCACUCUGCUAGACACAACGUGUGUUUUUCCCACAACACGCCAGGAUCCCUGUGGAACACGCAUGCACCGCUAUGUCAUUUAAACACUGAUGUUCAUUCGUAUGUAGGCGGGAGAGACUCGAACUAGAACACCACCAUGCAAAGUCACCCCUGGUUUCACACACGGGUAUCCUUCAUUUUAACAAUGACAAACACCCCACAUGGGUCUUUGUAAAAGGUGGUUAGGGUUAGGGUUACGGUGGGACUGGAGAAAAUUUAACCAGACACUUGUCCAUAGAUAAAUAAAUUAAUACAAGGUAUGAUAUAGGAAAGCAAUAUUUGUAGUAUAAAAAUAUAGUUCACACCAUGUUUUGAGGCCAUACGGUAUUUGCAAACAUUAGAAUAAAACAAAGCUGAUAUUUUGGGUUGUAACUGAUUCCGGCAGUUUAAAUAUGCUUGUGCUGUGUUAUGCUUUAGAAUCUUCCAGAAUCAGUGGGUGUACUUACUGUGUAUCAUUCAUUUCAAACUAAAAGAAUGUAUUAGGAAACUAAGGAUCCUUGCUUUUAAGUAUGGUCACACUGACCCUUAGUGGUGAGAGUUGGACAUAGCACACAACGUGCAUUGGCCACGUUCACAAACUAUUGUUACUGAAACACGCAUUUUAUGGCUUAUCAGAUGUCAAUGACACGGCAACUAAUUGUGUAAUUACCGAUGACAAAACAUUAUCAUAUAGACAAAUUGACUGUUCUUCACAAUAUUCUACUGAUUGCCAUAAAACAUGACUUACAUAUAUGUCGGGUAUUUCACCGAAAGAGAUUCAUCAGAAAGAGACCAGAAAGAUUUAUCUGAACUACGGUUGCUGUUUUGGCUAUGUUAACUGUAGCUCAGACUGUGUCUAAUUAAAUAUCAAGUUUAAAGAUAUUUCUGACUACUUGCCUGGGUUCCAAUUGCAAUGAUGGCAACGAAUAACUGUUGCCAAUCCGGUUGAUCUCCUUCUGUAAGACUCGUGACUAUUUUCUUUUCCCAGUGGGUUUAGCAGGUUUUAUCUAUGCAUGCUUUUUAUAUACCUGAACUUACCAAACACUGUCACACCUGCAUAGAUAGUACAUAGAAAUACAUUCCAUAGAUGCUGACCAUGGGACUGGGUGAAACUUCAAAAACUAAGACUCCCCUUUAGGAAUACAUAGACUUACAGUACUUCAAAUUAUUUAGAUAUUCUACUUCCUCAGAUCAUUUAUGCUUUUAGUAUUUUGAGAGGUUUUAUAUUUUCUAAAUGAGUGUCUAAAGCAAUUGUUUUUUGCAGAAACAUUGUGAUGAUUGUCCACUUUCUAUUCACACCAAGAAUUAACCUUUUGAAUCUACUAUGUUCAUGGCGUUGUAAGACUACCUGUCAUGAAUGUGGGACACAAGUUCAAGCUCAGUAAGAAUACUAAUCAUUCCUCAUGAGUGGGAGGGGAUAUGUGACAGUCUGACCUGGUCGACACUCAUUCCUGGGUUUCUUGUCGCCAUUAUUAUGAAAAAGUUAUUAGAAUGUAAUGUCCUCUGAAACAAGACAGAGCCAGGAAAAUCCUCUAUCUCUAUCGGGUGUGAGCGUACUUAGCCUUUCAACCUUUUCAGAACAGGUUAGGCAGACACUGUAAGUCUCCCUGGAUUAUAACAUUAAUAUUCCAACAAUGGGACCACCACAGAAAUUCUUGAGCUACUUAUGUUUUUAUACUGAUAUUUUGUCUUUACAUUUGUAUAAAAACCACUCUCGGAGGCAACGCACUGGGCAAGCAGUCACUGGACGGGUCUUAUCAACUGCAGCUUGCAAUUUAAGUGGUAAUACUGGAGAAACCAGUUGCCAGAAGGUUCCACCUGAAGGCUAGCCCAAAGAAACAUUCACCCACAUAUGUUUAAAGGGGAAAUAUCUGAUCCCAAAAUAACAACCCAGCAGAGUCACAAAUGCAAAAUAAUGUUGCACUGCCCACUGAAAAUAUUGCUUCAACAUUUGACUUUGGUGAACAAAACUGUACAAAUCCAAUAAAUCCAUACAUUGGCCAUUUCAUGUCAUCUAUGAUCUGUAAUAUCUAACAGAGUAACGUGACUAAUGAAAUGUAAAUACCAUAGGUAUGGUUGUGUAGAAUGCGCCAAGUAUUUGCUAUAGUGUUUCUUCUCCAGAGUUUCAUCCAGUCACAUAGCUACUAGAGAGGUAUAAAUAUGUGUCACUCGGCCAUCUGUUUUUAUUUUAUUAAUUUGUUUUAUACUGUCUGUCUUGUAAAACAUGAACUCUUUUGGUCAUUAAAGCAUGUUGGUGCACUGUUAAACCGA